AUGUCAAAACCUCUCAAAAACGUUCUAGUCAAGCUCAUCGUUGGUGCUGGACAAGCUGCCCCAUCGCCACCAGUGGGUCCAGCUUUGGGUUCAAAAGGUGUAAAAGCGAUUGACUUUUGUAAAGAGUUCAAUGCCCGUACGUCGUCUUACCAGCCUGGAACCCCUAUUCCUGUUUAUAUCACGAUAAAACCAGAUCGUUCAUUUAACUUUGAAAUGAAGUCUCCUCCCACCGGUUUCCUUCUGCUCAAAAUUUUGGGUAAGGAUAAGGGCAUGAGCCAACCGAAUGUGAAGACUGCGGCGGGAACUCUGGGGGAGGUCUCUCUCAAACACAUCUAUGAAAUUGCCAAGAUCAAGAAAAGUGACGGCAGACAUGCGUCGCUUGAGAUGGAGAGCAUCGUCAAGUCCGCGGUCGGUGUAGCCAAGAGCAUGGGUAUCAGUGUGGUACCAUAA